UUUCCUCUGGUUUAGGAAGGCAAGUCCCCGGAUAAGAACGGCAAGAUGAUCGUUCCAAAAGGACAAAUCCUGAUGAUUCUUUCUGGAGCCGUCAGUAGAUGAACUCAUCACUCAAAAGACCAUAGCAGUGUUAAGGCAUGGAAACGCAUGAUGACUCUGAUGAAGACAAUCUUACAAGUUACGACAUCCAGCGCAGUAUUCAAGAAUCCAUCGAAGCCAGCAAGACCACGUUUUAUCCUGAAAGAUUUGUACCCCUAAGUGAACAAAAUAGAAAACUCGUGACGGCUAUAAAACAAGGUCACAUUCUUGAGCUCCAGGACUAUGUGAAAUGUAAAUAUGCGCUGGAUGAAGCUGAUGAACAGGGAUGGUUUCCAUUGCAUGAAGCUGUUGUUCAGCCCAUUCAACAAAUCCUUGAAAUUGUUCUGGAUGCAUCAUACAAGACUCUCUGGGAGUUCAAGACUUGUGAUGGGGAAACGCCCUUGACUUUGGCAGUCAGAGCUGAUCUAGUGGAAAAUGUAAGAACUUUGCUAGCAAAAGGAGUGCUGUCCAACACUAAAAAUGACAAAGGAGAGACACCCCUUCUGAUCGCUGUAAAAAAGGGCUCCUACGACAUGGUAUCUGCUCUGAUUAAACACACCACCAACCUUGACCAGCCCUGUGUCAAGCGGUGGUCAGCAAUGCAUGAGGCCGCCAAACAGGGUCGCAAAGACAUCAUCGCUCUCCUGCUGAAGCAUGGUGGCAAUGUCCACCUGAGAGAUGGAUUUGGAGUCACACCUCUAGGGGUUGCUGCCGAGUAUGGCCACUGUGAUGUGUUAGAGCACCUCAUUCACAAAGGUGGUGAUGUGUUUGCUUUGGCGGAUGAUGGCGCAUCAGUGUUGUUUGAGGCAGCAGGAGGAGGCAAUCCCGACUGCAUUUCCCUCUUGCUGGAAUAUGGAGGAAGUGGAAACGUGCCCAACAGAGCAGGACAUCUCCCUAUACACCGUGCUGCCUAUGAGGGACAUUAUCUUGCUCUGAAAUAUCUUAUCCCAGUAACGUCCAGACAUGCCAUCCAGAAAAGUGGGCUUACCCCGAUUCACUCAGCAGCCGAUGGACAAAAUGUGCAGUGUCUACAGCUGCUCAUUGAAAAUGGCUUUGAUGUCAACACCCUGCUGGCCGACCACAUUUCCGAGAGCUACGACGACGGGAGGAAGACCGCGCUGUACUUUGCGGUUUCUAACAAUGACAUCCAGUGCACAGAAGUCCUGCUGGCUGCCGGCGCAGAUGCCAACCUAGACCCCCUCAACUCCCUUCUUGUGGCGGUGAGGGCCAACAACCACGAAAUCGUCCGCCUGCUCCUCUCCCAGGGAGCUGACGUCAAUUGCUAUUUCAUGCAUGUGAAUGACACGCGCUUCCCCAGUGCCAUUCAAUACGCCCUGAACGACGAAGCCAUGCUCAGGCUGCUGCUGAAUAGUGGCUACCAAGUGGAGAUGUGCUUUGACUGCAUGCACGGCGACAUCUUUGGGAGCUCUUUCGUGUGGUCGGAGAUCGAGGAAGAAGUACUGCCCGGAUGGACGUCCUCAGUGAUCAAAGAUAAUCCGAAUCCGUGUCCGUUGAAGCAUUUGUGUCGCUUAAAAAUCCGAAGGCUCAUGGGUCUCCAGCGACUUGGCCAGCCAGCCUCCAUGGAGAAGCUUUCUCUGCCACCAACUAUACAAAGAUACAUAUUAUUUAAAGAGUAUGAUCUGUAUGGGCAAGGACUGAAAUUGCCAUAGCUUAAAAAUCACACUUUAAAAUGGAAUUUUAAGUGGAAUUAUCAUUCAUCCUGAAGUGUAUGUAAGCCCACUGGCAAUUGUAUAGCUAGAUCGUGUGUUCUAAGGCAAUCCUUCAUAAGAGAGGUUUACGUUGUGAUUCUUAAGAUUGUCAUUAUUUUGUAUUUGUGAAUAGGUCCUCCUGCUUUCUUCAAACUCUCCCUAUUAAGUGGAUCCUGCCUAUAAAAAUUAUCCACGAUCAAAUAUCUCCUAUAUUAAAAAAAUUCAAAACAAAAACCAAGCAAACAAAUAACCACUUCCACAAACAUCUUUCUUCUUGUUGCUGGCCCGUCUCUCCUCUCCGGUAGCCACUUAAAUGACCCAAGUGCCUUCCGCCUGCAGGUUCACACCCUGUCAUCUCGCUUCUGCUCACUCCCCUCCCCUGCUCAGGGUCCUUCACUGCCUCCCAGCUAAAUAUGACCUCCUUCGGCCCUCAUUUUAUUGAUUAUCCCACAGGGUUGUCUGCUCCAUCCUAACAAGGGUCUCUUUGCUGAGCUGACCUGACUCUUGCUGCCCUCCUUCCUACCUGCCCUGGAAACUCUGCCCCUGGUUCCUUUCUGGGCUACUCAUCUGCCAGUCCUUUAGUGCAGGGCUUCCUAAUCAUAUGUCUUGAAUCCUUUCUGCUUUUUAUGCUAUAUUCGCUGGGACAUUUCAUCCAGUCUUGUGAUCCUGAUGAUUAUUUAUCUGUAUGUUGAUUAUUUAUCUGUAUGUUGGCAUCUGCACAAUUUGUGUUGAAGCUCAAGUUCCGUUUUACCAUAUGUGCUUCUGAUCUGUGUAACAAAGAGCCACAGGGCCUGGAACAUAAAGACAUUUCUAAUCUGGCAGAUCCCACGUGAACUUACCAUCUUUUCCCAAAAACAAGCUCCGUCACUUGUAUUCUCUAGCUCCAUAGCUAAUGCAAUCAUCAAUCCACUUCCCCAAAGCCUGGGCCUGGGUUUGAUGCCGUCUCUUCCCAUUUUCCAUAACAAAUUGCCAAGUCCUGUUAAGUCACCUUUCCCCAUUCAGUCCCACGGACCUCCUAAUUCUGUUUCCUCCACUGCGCACCCGGCUGCCCUCCCUGCAAGCUUUCUGGACCACACUCUACUCACAGCCUCCAAGACAAAUCUUUUACAUAUGCAAACAGUAUUCUGCUCCUUAAAAUCAUUCUCAUUGCUCUUAGGAUAAAGCCCACACUUCCUACAUGACCCUUCACCAUUUAACUCCUUCCUCUCCUUCAGUUGUGUGUUUUGACGUCCCUCUCUGUCCUCCCCACCCCCCUUUACCCAUAGUGAACACCCCUACCAGUUGAUUCUUGGAACAGUGAUUCCCAGACUUCUGGGUUUGAUAAGCCACGAGUUUCUGUUAUUAUCAUAUUAGAAACAUGGAAAUGUUUUCUUUUUUUUUUUAAUGUCAAUGGCAAAAAAUAUUAAGAUGGCCACAAAUUUGUUCACUCAUGUUGAAUGACUUUCCUUUGGAAAAGAGUGACCACCCUGUUCUAAUUUUACCAUGGAAGGGUAGAAAUUUCAUUCUAGUCUGACAAGUCUGUCAGUUUAGGAACCACUGCUGUAGAAUAAGCCCCAGACCCUUGCACCUCACACCUUUGAAUUUCUCUCACCUUCUUUUCGUUUCUGUCUUCAACUCCCUCUUCCCCUACAAGUCCCGGCUUAGUUCUUUCCUCCUCAGUCUGUAUUAUGUUCUUGCCUGGUUUCUCCCACUUGACUGUCAGCUCAGUGAGGGCAGGAACUAGGAUUCUCUUAUUCCCCAGGGUUUCCGCAAGACCAACCACACUCCCUAGGGCACAGAAAGAGCUAGAGAGUGAUCAUUAGGUAAGACACACACACACAACAGUGAUCUCAGGGUAGAAUCAUAGUACCUGAUUUGGUUAUGUAAUUGUAAUCAUGUAAACAUUUCUGAUUUUUUUUCUUAGAUUUUAAUCCUGUGCUAUUUUAAUAUAUAUAUAUAUUUUUUACUCUAAGAAGUAUUUACUCAGUCUUUCGAUAGUGAUACCUUCCCGGCUGGCACAUUUUUCAAAUUGUAAAUUUUCUCUUUAAAAAAUAAGUAAGCAUGACCCAAAAAUACCAUAUAAUUUUUAACCUCUUGUAUUCCAUAGAGGGUAUAGUUUCAUAUAAAUUAAGCUGUAAUAUAUGAAGGAACUUCAAAAAGUUCAUUUAAAAAAUGGAAUUGAAAGAUAAUGGAAUUCUUCCACAGACUUUUUAAAGCCCCCUCAUAGUUAGUUAAAUAGUAAUGUUUGUUUUGUAGAUUUCUCUGUUGUUUUUGUACUUGUGUUAAAAUGCUGUUUCCUAUGAAUAUUGGUACCAAUAAAUGAAUAACAAUGAU